AUGGAAGUUGAAGCAGCAGAAACAGCAGAGAAGAAGAAGAAACAGAGCAGAAACAGAAACGCACCAAGAGAUGAAGAAGACGAUGCCAGACAUGGAUGCUGUUCCAGGACCGUCAGUAGCCCAACACGAGGCCGCCACCUCCCCUCUGGCACUCCCUCUUGCGCACCUGGCGCUGCUGCCACUGCCUCUCUCUCUCUGCCUGUCACCGUCCACCGUCUCGCUGACUCAGGCCUGCAAAAAGAAACGAGAAAAAGCAAUGAAAAAGCAAAAACAUAA